UCUCAAUUAUCUGAUCCCGUUGUGACUGGGAGGUGCUCAGGGGUGGAGCUCCAGUGAGGGGCACGAAUCUACAGGCUGCAGCCUCUCAAACAUGAGCAAACUGUCUUUCCACAAUAACAAGACGAUGCAGGACCGCCGGUGUGUGUGUGUGUUCCUCCCGAAUGAUGAAACACUCAAUGUAAUAGUCAGUGUUAAGACUGUGUGUCAGGAGUUGUUGGUGCAGGUCUGUGAUCUGCUUAGAUUGAAGGACUGUCAUCUGUUUGGCCUCAGUGUUAUUCAGAAUAAUGAACAUAUAUAUAUGGAACUGGGACAGAAACUGUCAAAAUAUUGUCCAAAAGAGUGGAAACGGGAAGCCAGCAAGGGAAUUGACCAGUUUGGACCUCCAAUGAUUGUUCACUUCAGAGCACAGUAUUAUGUUGAAAAUGGAAGACUUAUCAGCGAUCGCAUGGCACGGUAUUAUUACUACUGGCAAUUGCGGAAGCAGGUACUGCAGUCUCAGUGCAUCCAGAGAGAAGAGGCUUAUUUCCUUCUGGCUGCAUUUGCGCUGCAGGCUGACCUGGGAAACUUCAAACGGAACAAACACUUUGGUGCCUAUUUUCAGCCAGAAGCUUAUUUCCCCUCCUGGGUAAUUUCUAAGCGAGGAUGUGACUAUAUUCUCCGUCAUAUUCCAAACAUGCACAAAGAACAGUUUGCCCUUACAGCAUCAGAGGCCCAGCUGAAGUACAUAAAGGAAGCAGCGCUCUUGGACGACGUGACUGUUCAUUAUUAUCGCCUUUACAAGGAUAAGAAAGAGUUAGAGGCCUCUCUAUCACUGGGACUGACCUUACGUGGGAUUCAGAUUUUCCAGAAUGUGGGAACUGUCAGGCAACUCUUAUAUGAUUUUCCCUGGACCAAUGUGGGAAAACUGGUGUUUGUGGGGAAGAGGUUUGAGAUUCUUCCCGAUGGUUUGCCUUCAGCCAGGAAGCUCAUCUACUACACAGGCUGUCCUCUGCGUUCACGACACCUCCUGCAGCUGCUCAGCAACAGCCACAGAUUGUAUAUGAACCUACAGCCUGUGCUGAAACAAGUUCGGCGACUAGAGGAAAAUGAAGAAAAGAAGCAGUACAGGGAGUCGUAUAUCAGUGAUGCUCUGGAGGCGGACAUGGAUCAUUUGGAGCAGCGUUCACGUGCCAGCGGCAGCAGUGCUGGCAGCACGUCACGACCCAAUCCCUUCUCACGACACUCCACCACAAGUCAUGGCAGCUCCCGCACAUCCGGCGUCGACACCGACAGUUUCCGAACCCCUACAAACACACCCCACCGACCGCUGAGAACACACUCGUCUUCCAACGCCAGUCAUGCCAGCACACACACGUCUGGCAUCGAGAGCAGCAGCAAGGAGCACUGCCUGGAUGAAGACGAGAUUGAGAUGCUGGUUGAUGAUCCAAAAACGUGUGAAGAUCUACAUGAUUUAGAACUCAGCCAGGAACUGUGUAUCCACAUUACUGAGGACAUGCUGUCAGCACAGAACAACGGAUGCUCCGGGUUAGUGGUGAAGGAAGUCGGUUCUUCCACAUCCAGCUCAUCGGAGACCAUAGUGAGAAUGAGAGGCCAGAGCAUCGAAUGUCUCCCUCAGACGGCGAUGGGCAGGAAGGGCCAGAGCUCCACAGACCGCCACAGCCAAUCGCUUGACGACGUUCGUCUGUUUCAGAGGAACUGUCAGGAGUGGGCGGAGCUUUGCCAGGACACCGCACAUAGCUAUACGUUCGGAUGCGAGCCAGACCUCGGGGACCCGGUCAGCUGUGGGUACCAGGGACUUGCAGAUCAGUGUGCCGGGAUCCGGAAUAACCAGCACACGUUUCCCAUCAAGAGAACCAGCAAGUAUUUCUCUCUGGAUCUGGACAGAGAGGAUCUGACCACAGACCACAUGACCACUGAAGCAGAACCAGAGUUCGUGGUGUAACGCAGAGAGCAUUGAAAAGAGCCCCAGAACAAAUGACGGAUUACAGGAUGUUAUUGAAGGGAAAACAGAAAUUAAGUGAUUAGUUUCUUACUCUCACUUUGUUACAAAGUUGGCGUUCUUUCCUCUGUGGAACACAAAAGGAGACAUUCGGAUGAAUCUGUUGGUUGCCUUUUUACCAUGCUGUUACAAUGAACAAGAAUGGAAAAGCAUCAUAAAAGUAGUCUUGUGUGCUAUAGACCUUUUAUGAAUUGUUGGUAGUACUUUUGCCAUAUUUGUAGGAGUUUGACAGCCCUGUGUACAAUUUAAUUUUGUUCUAUGGAAAAGAGCAGCGUAAACAAUCUGUUAAAUGUCUCUUUUGUGUUCCACAUAAGAAAAAAAACCAUACAGGUGGUCUAGAAUGACAUUAUGGUGAGUAAAUGAUGACAGAAUUUUUCAUUUUUGGGUGAACUAUCCAUUUAAGGUCAGUUAGUACACAUGUUUGCACGUGUAUUCAAAACAAGCAAGAGAAUCUGUACCAUCCUAAUGCCAAAAUACUAAACUCUAGAAAAAGCUGCCUUACCAAAGUAUCCAAAAAUGUGUUUAUGGCUCACAUAUGUGUGUGUUGUUGCCCUAAAUAAAUAAACCCUCUGUGCCUUGAAUCCACUAUGCAGGUUCUCAGAACAAAAAAAACGAAAGUUUCUGCACUCCUGUUUACUUCCACCCUCAUUUCUAAGGAAACGCCCCAGUCUUGUCUCCCAGAAUAACACUAAAGCUAAUGAACUUUUUGGGAUUGUGGCCACCGCAAUCAUGUGAGCAUCAUAAUCAGAGGGCCCAGUGCCGGGGUGUGCCGCCCCGCAGGAUAAAUGACUGAUGGGAUUUUUUUGAUUCAGAGACGUUUGCACACAGCUGAUACUGAUGCUGAUCGGGUCAAGUCUUCCAUAGACCUUCCUUUGGAGGUUCCCAUUUUCUUUAUCUGUCUGUUGACUGUUUAUUUGUCUAACUGGAAGUUUGUCUUUAUUAUAUAGUUUUAUAAAGAAUGACUGCUGUGUGUUUUAAUGGUGUGUUGCCUGUCAGUAUUAAGCUGUUAACGGGAGACAGUAUUACAAACUUUAUAUCCAUCUUCCAUCUGAACAAGAAAGAGAGUGUGUGUUUGAACGGUAGGGGAGGAAGACACUAAACAUGAAGAAUUUGCAUAGAUCAGUGCAUUUAGAUAUGGAAACCCACUUCUAGUUAAAAGCUCCUCUUUGCAUGGGUGGUAUGAAAUGCUUUGAAUGAACAGCACUUAAAAGCUCAUGCGCAUGUGGGUCUUGGUGUCAUGACUUCUGUGCGUUCUGCUGAACACGAGUACAGUAAAUAUAGAUGCCCUGACCUGUCUUCACAUUCAUCUCUCCUUCCCCUGUGAAAAGCAGUGGUGAAUCUGAGAGAGCCAAACUUUCUAAUAAUUUUGGUUGCUGUGGGAUUUCAUGGUGACUGAAAACUUGCAUCGGUUCUACUUGCAGAUAACAGCCGAUCACAUGUGGACUCCAUGUAUUGUUUACCCUUUAUGUUUGCAGCUAAACUUUGUCCUUUCUGUGAAAGGAAUUUCCUAUGUGAAAGCCAUUUGACUCUGUAGACCCAUUCGACUCUGUUCUCUCAUGAAAGUGUAUUCUGUGCCUUGCAGGUGCCAAAGUCCACAAAUGUUUGCAAUAAAAGGUACCUUCAUUUGUAAUUAAA